CAGGCUCUAAUUCCGGAGUAGAAUAAAUUGACUAACGGAAUAUUUUGGCGUCAAUUUUUAAUCACAUUUUAUUUAUUUUGUAAAAAAAAGUAUGCCCUUUUAUAACAGAAUUGAUGUACGAAAAUUACCCCGAUCUAGGCAAUUGGAAGAAGGCUCUUAUAAAAACGGCCAAAGACACUGCAUUUUUAACGCUGUUCACGAUAAAUACACCGGGGAAUGGAAACGCGAUAAAAAAACAGGCAAAGGAGCCUUGCUGACGAGGAACAUGGAUUUGUACGAAGGAGAUUUCCUCAACAAUUACCGCCACGGUCACGGAAUCCUAGCGUACCUUUUGCCCAAGUACAAGGUGUUUAGAUUAGCUUAUAGCGGGGAGUGGAAAUUCGGAAGGAUGCACGGAAAAGGCCUCAGGGAUUACCCGGGCGAAGGCUUCUAUUUAGGCUUCUUCCAGCACGGCAAAAGGCACGGAUGCGGCCAAAUGUUCUACCACGACGGCGCCUUUUACGACGGCAAUUGGAUCGAAGAUAAACGAGAAGGAAUAGGGUUGUUUUUGUUCAAAAACGGCAAUAGGUACGAGGGUAAUUGGCUGAACGAUAAGAAGAACGGUAAAGGAAUGUUGUAUUUUUUGAAUGUGGGUCAAAUUAUGAUCGGGUUUUGGAACCACGACGUGUGCGCUUCCAGUACAAUUACCGAUUUGCCGUACAGACAGGCCGCCAUGGCUCCCACUCUUUAUCCUAUACCAAAGAACACUUUGGUGACUUUGGAGAUAAUGUGUAAGAAUGCCGAACUGGUUAGCAAAUCGGAGGGAUCGUUGGAAACGCUGAUGAUGCAUUAUAAUCGCAGCUUGGCCGAAUCGAAAUACUUUUAAUAUUUUUAAAAGAUUUAAAAUACGAGAAAGUUGAGGUGUUUUUAUCGGGAUUCUUU